AUGGAGAACCGCAAAGAAAAUGAUCACACUUUCGAUGAGGAGAACGCUGUCAAACCUGUAACAUGGUCUGAAAAGAGCUCGGAUUUACGUAAGAAUGCUUACAUCAUUAUUGAGGGCCGGCCGUGCAAAGUUGUUGAUAUUUCUGUCGAAGAGAGUCGGGCUAUGACACAAGUGAAAGGUGUGGACAUCUUUACUGGCAGACAGCUUGAAAUGGAGUUUCUUCCUGACCAUUCCGUCGAUAUCCCGGCGGUGCGGUGUUUUGAGUAUCAGCUUAUCAAUGUUGAUGAAGGUUUCCUCAACCUAGUGACGCAGGAUUGGGUCGCAAAAGACGAUGUCAAGGUUCCUGUAGGUGACAUUGGUAAUCAGAUUACAAGCGACUUCGAUGCGGGCAAGGACGUCUUAGUUACGGUUGUCUCGGCCAUGGGCGAGGAAGCUGCUGUUGGAUGUAAGGAGUCCCAAAAGGUGCAUAAGGUAUCCUACCUUACCUAG